AUGGAGGGCUUAAGCUGUCUUAAUUUUAUUGACGUCACUCUUUCUAGGAACGGAUGUCGGGAUUUGAGUCUCGAGUUCUCGACUCCGCAUUGUGUUACACGUAAUUUUUUCAGUAGCCUUCAAUACAAAGUUCUAUCUUUUUUAAUAUUAAGACAAAACGCUGAGUUAAAGCUGCUGAAAAGAUUUCGAUGAAUUAAUGUAUAAAAUCUGUGGAUGGAAAUCUGAUGGAUAACACAUUGUUUAAAAUUUUGGGUACACGCAAACCUCACUGGAAAUGGUACUAGUAAAAAUGGCUAUAGCAUUUUUGUCAAAAAAAAAAAACCACAACUAACACAAAACAAUUAACUGUUUAUAUUUACUGCCUAUAUUUGUAAUUUAUAUUAAAAUUUAACCCUCCAGAAGAGAAACUGCCCCCUUACCUUACACAACACACGUAUGUUUUAAACAAUAAUACCUAGAUGUACGUUGUACUUUGUACCUGUAUUAUUCUCUAGGUACAUACCUAUAUUAUAAUUAUAUAGAAUUUUGUUUAAAACCGGCCAUAGUCAUAAAAGUUAAACGCAUUUUUAAAUACGUAUACUAGCUGUCCUAUUUGGCGUUGUCCGACCAAUUUUUUUUAUUUUUUUUUAUUUCAUCCGUAUCACCAAGGUAACCCAUGAAUAAAUAAAAAUAAAUAAAUAAAUAAAUAGAUAUUUAUUCCCAAAAUACAUAAAAAAAAACUCCUACUUUAGCAGGUAUACUCUGCCUAAGGGUUGAAUUUUCAAAAAUCCUUUCUUAGCAGACGCCUACGUCAUAAAACAAUCGAAUUUCAGCCCGAUCCAUUCAUUGCAAUAGUUUGGGCUGUGCGAUGAUAAAUCAGUCAGUACAUGGUAUAUUAUAUUUAUAAAUAGAUAUAACCCAUAUAUUUUAUUAGACCAGGGAGUAUUUUUUAGUUUAUACAGAGCUAACAGAGGUCAAAUUUACCAAUUUAUUGUUGUUACAAAAAUUAUGAAUUAAUUAAAAAUAUUUUAUUUGUAUUUAUUUUUUUAGGGUUAAUGAAAUCAAGAAUUAUCUGUACUGACCAUUGCGGAAAAUCAUACAAAAUUAAACGUAUUGUAUUUAUUUUCAACUUAACAGGAUUAGCUCUUUUACAAAAUUAAAAAAGAAAUGAAGAAGAAAAGAAUGUGGCACCUAUCUAUACAGGAUGAUCAAUCUAUCGUAAGACAUUCGUUAUCUCGGAAAUUAUUUACUUUUUCCGAAAUUUGUUUUCUAAAAUAUUUAAGAAACUCUUCUACAAUCUUAUAUUUAUGUAAUUUUUAUUACCCUUAUUUUUGUGGGUAAAACCAACUUUUGAUUUUAAAAUGGCAACCUGUAUUAAAAGUUUCAUAAAUAAACGGAGUAUUAGUUAAAAUAAAUUUUGAUGUUAAAAUUUUUGAUUUCUGUCAAACUUUUGACGAGAUCUUCCACUUUUAAAUUUGAGUUUGGGGAAAGUGGUAGUGCAUUAUUCCACGCUACACGCCGUACCGCCACUCAAAUAAUACUCCACUUCUCUUCUCCAAACCAAAUUUAAAAGUGGAAUAUCUCGUCGGUAAUCAAAAAUGUCAACUCUUAAAUUUAUUUUAUAUAACACUCAAUUUGUUUAUGGAAUUUUUAAUACAGGUUGCCAUUUGAAAAUCAAAAGGUAGUGGUUUUACUCCUAAAAAUAAGGAUGACAAAAAAUAACAUAAAUAUAAAAUUGUAAAGCUGCAUGUUUCUUAAAUUUUCUAGAAAAUAAAUUCCGGAAAAAGUUAAUACUUUCCGAGAUAAUGAGUGUCUUAUGAUAGAUUGAUCACUCCAUAUAUAAAAAAAUAUAAAAAUAUAAAUGGCAAAUGAAUUAAUAAUUAUAAAUAUAGCAUAAAUAAUACAAUUAAUAAAAGAUUAGAUACGACUUUGAUAAUGAUAAAGUUGCUUAGAAAGGUUUUUCCGAAUUAGAAUAAUCUUUUAACAAUGUAGUUGACAACGUAUCUAAUAUAUUAUGAGGUGUACUAAAAAUAUCUAAUAUAAUAGAAACUUUACACAAUUUUCAAUGCUCUAACUAAUAAGGAGUCGCUACCAAUUUAAAACUUGUAAUAUGAAAUAAUAAAAACAUCACGAUUACGAGAGUAAAAGGGUGGAAUUCUAAAGUUAAUUCUAGCUCAAAGCUCAGGACAUAAAAUAUUAUUACUCAGUAAAGCAUAGAUAAACACAAUGCUGGACAAAUGACGUCUUAACUUAAGAGAAUCUAAAUUUACUAAACUUUUUACUAAAAUAAAAGUCUCUAGAACCUAACCUAACGAUUAGUCAUAUGACUUAAAAGUAAUAAAAUUUGUACAGUGAGUAAACAAAACAAUUUUGCAUUUAUCUAUAUUUAAUGGUAGGAAAUUACUUUUACACUAAUCGAAAAAUUGGUCCAAGUUUUAUUGUUAGUUAAAUAAAUCGGAAAUAGAGUUAAUUUGACUAAUUUCAGUAUAAAAUUUAGCAUCAUCAACAAAAAAUAAUACUUUCAUAAUAUUAUAUUAAAAAAAUACCAAAAAAUCGUUUAUGAAUAUUAAAAAAAAUAGAAAUCCCAAAUAAGACCCUUGCAAGGGUGGCUCUAGAGACUUGGUUGGGAGGGGCAUAAUUUUAAAAAAAAUGUAUACAAAAAGCAUGUUUUAUACCUUAUAGUUUAUUUAUACUUCAUAGUAUAGAUAGUAGAUACUUCUAACUACACACUUGUAUGUGUCUGUAAUAGUCAGUAGUAUAAUAUAUUUUUUUUAUAAAAUUGUUCACAAAAUAUGCGGGCUUGGAGGAACAUGGCCCUAGAGCAAUCCCUGGAGUCACCCCUGGACCCUUGAGGUGCCUUAGAUAAUACUUAAAACUCAUGAGACGUAUAAAAUGAUAUUUUUACCAUGUGUGUUCGAUUAAGUAAACACAAUUUAAUCCAGUUCCAAAGCGUACUGUAAAUUCCAAAAGAUUUUAAUUUAUGUAAAAAUAAUGUAUGAGUAAUUUUGUUAUGAUAUCUGCUUACAUAUCUACUAAUAGAUUUAAUAUAAUUCCAAAAGGAUUGUAUGUUAAAAUCAAUUUUUGAUAUUUACUUACUAUGAGGUAGCAAUAAGGAAUUAUUAUUCUUUAUACCUACACGAAGAUCAGAAAACUUAGUGUAAUCUAUGUGCGAGUGUGAAUUUAAAUUGUUUGACAACUAUUUUUUUUCAAUCUUAUCGAUUCCCACAACGAUUUAUUCAACCAAAUAAUAUUUUGCAUGCUAUUAGUACCUAUAUAAUCGAAUUUAAGGAAUAAAAAUAUCAAAAUUAUUUUAUGAAAUUUUAAAACUAAGAAUUCCAAAUCUGGAUUUUGAAAUUUUUUUUUUUGUGUUCUACUCAUUUGUGAUUUCAAAUCUAAGAGUUAAAACAAGGUAUCUAAGUGUACAGUGUAUACCUAAGCCUAACCAUAAACUAUAGCAAGUAGCAACUACUAACUUGGUAUUUUGGUUUUUGUUAAUUAUAAUGAAUACUAAACGCAAAUAUAAAUUCAGUUUGAAAAAACGCCUUGAAAAAAAUAAAGAAUUAUUGUUGAAAUGUGGAAAUAAUAAAAACCAAAUGAAAUUAAUUUUUCAAAAGGCGAGUUCAUUUUUCAAAUAAUUAUGCUUCAGCACCUAUGUUAAUAUUCUAAUUUUUAAUUAAUAAUGAAUAAUGUAGUUAGCAAGUACUGAGGUAGACCUACAACUUUUGGUGUAAAAUUAUAAACAUAUUACAGACAGUGCAGUAUUUAUAAUUAUAGGGGGUGAUAGAUCCCCAAUAUCACCCCGCUCCCUUUCCCUAGUUUUUUUAAAAAAAAGUUGUUUCUUACAACUUAGUUAUCCUGUGCGCUGUGAGUGACAUUACUAUUGAUAAAAUAUAUAUAUAUAUAUAUGUAUACAAUUAUAUUUAAUCAAUGACAUUACAAAAUAAUAACAAUUAAAAUAACCCGAUGAGCUGAUUUUUUAAAACUAAAAGCUAAAUUGUAUUUUUAUAAUGUAUUAAUGUUAUCCAUAUUGAUUAAGUUACUUAUUAAAGUACAUCAUUCACUAUAAUAAUAUUAAAAUUAUUUUAAAAACUAAACAUUUAAAAUUUUUAAAAGUAUUCAAUAUGUACUACAAACAUACAAUUAUUUUUUGGUAACUAUAAUGAUUGCUAUUAUUGCUAUUAAUUGUAUAGAUACACCUGAAAUUUCCAAUUUUAAUACAGAACACUGUAGAAUUAGGUAAUUAUUCAUUUUGAUUGUUUUAAAAAAAUGUAUUUAAUAUGUAAAUGUUUAUUUAGUAUUAUUUUUUUGUAAUGUUAACGAUUGUAAUUGAUUUUACAGGUGAACCUGAAGUUUCCAAUACUGAACACUAUAUGGAACAAAGUAUUGUUGAUAUUUCAUUUAAAAAACCGAAUUCAAAUAAUAUUGUUGUGUAUUGGUUAUUUCACUCGCAUCAACCAACAAACAAAAUUCCAUUUACAGCAGAUAAAGCAUAUAAACAAAAGGAUGGUAGUUAUAGAAAAUGGUUAUCUUACAGUACCAAAGAUAAAGCUCUAUUUUGUAACACAUGUAUCGCAUAUGAACGUAUUAUAUCCUUUUAUGUAUGUAGUUAUCUAUUAGAUAAAUUAUUAAAGGGAUCAAAUAAAAAAAGAUGA